AUGGUUGGCACCAUCGAUGAGUCUGUUUGUGAGUACACGAAAACCUUCCCGUUGGUGGAGACCAUCAGAAGGCAGAACCCAAAUCUUUGUCCAAUAACGGAUACCAGGGGAACUCCUAAAGUACUCACCCGCAAAAGACCACAAGCACCAGAUCCAGAAUGGGAAGCACCCAGCUCUCCUCGAAGUACCCCAACUGAUAUAGGACCUUCUUGCAACCAACCGUAUUGGAAGUUCCACCUUCUUCGCUUUGGUUCCACUAUGUACCUUACCACAAACCCAACGCUAAAGCAUCUCAAUUGCAAAUCGUUUCCUGGGUAUCAUAUAACCCACACUUGCAGCACAGAUGGCACUACCAUGACAUUUUCUGACCUCCAUAGUGGAGAAGAGAUCAUUACCUUGAAACGAGAACCAAAAAAAUCGAAGAAUGUCGUCAGCUACGAAGUCAAUAGGAUGAGAAAUCUAGAAGGUAACCUAGUGAAGAUACCUGACCCUGAACAGACAUUUAAAAACGAGGCAAGCAAAAAACGUCUAUCGAAGUCUAUGUCAGUAGAACAUAUGGGUGCGUCUCCUGUUAACUACGAAACUCUGUGUGGUGAAUGGGGCACCUGGAACAUUGGUUCUGUCCCCAUAUAUACAUCUUCCCGUCUUUCUCGGAAAGGCCCCAAUAUGAUUGGAAAGCAAAAUGUUUACUUUCACAACCUUUCAGUGGAUCGCAUCUCUUGGGGAGUUGGUGACAUACCUCCUGUUGUAGCGAUGUAUCGCAAUUGUGAAAGCAGUACUCGCAAAAGAAUGGUGCAGACGAUACACAGACUACGUCCAAGUGAAUCUAAACAAGACUAUAAAAGAUCCACUCUGGUUGAAACGCCUUUAACAAUGGAUCCUGUUACUGAUGUUAAAUCAUACUCCCGCGCUGGUGAUGGUCUAUAUUGGAAUAGGCACCCCAAAGAUGAUGAACCAGAUCACAGAUACAAACUCGGAUGGCUUACUAUUUACGAGAACACCGACUUAUUCAAGAAACCGGGCAUGUUCGAUAUAGUUGUGGCAUUAACUGUUGCAGUAUCGUGUGGGCGCAACACGUAA